AUGAAGACGGUUAAAGAAGAGAUGGAGACCUCACAGGUUGAGUCUCUAAAAAGUUCAUCACCUGAACGAACAAAUGGUGAAAAAAACGGUCAAACCUGGACGGAGAACAUCGAUGAAAUGAAUUAUGGGAAUGUUAGCCCCAGCAUUCUCACCCAUGGCCUUUGUCAUGUCCUCCACCUCUCCUGUGAAGAGACUGUUCGUCACGUGACCUGUGGUGAAGGUGCCGCAGGCUUCGCUAGUCUUCACAGUGGCAGUCAUGUGCAGUUCUAUUAUCCCGAUGGCCGUCUAAGAGAUUCGUCUUUUUGUCAAUCCCUCACCAUCCGUUAUGCCGGCCUCACCUCCACACAUCUGCCAGGCAGACUGGUUGGCUGGGGACCUGGGGCCGUUCUCACCGUACUAGAUGCAGAACUGAAUCCUCUGGUUCAUGCUGUGGAGCCCAUGGAUGUGAGGGUGUGCAAGAUUUUGGAGCACUCUAAUGAGCUUGUCACAGCUGGAAAGGGAAACGUAUGUGUGUGGUGCCUCACACACUUGGUGUGUCGCAAACGGGUGGUGGAGGGUUUGGGGAGACAAGUUGUUUUCACACAUCUAGCACUGAUGACUAGCAGGACUGAGCAGGGCCUCAGAGCACUGGCUGCAUAUGGACAAGCUGUGGUUGUGGUGGACCUUACAGAGGGAUGCAUUAUUGAGCACAAGAAGAACCUCCAUCUAAGGGAAAUCACAGGGAUGGUCUACUGUCCACUUAGGGAUAUUGUAGUUACUGCAUCAGAUAUGACAAUCCGAGUGUGGGGACCAGACUGGGAACUUCAAAUGGCCUUUGUGGGACAUACUGCUCUUGUCACUUCUCUAGUUCUGUGUCCUGUCUCUGGCCUGUUGUUGUCAUCUUCUCUUGAUGGUACUUUGAGAUGCUGGAGACCAGAAGUUGGAGACCAGGUCCAGGCUAUAUCCAUUCCUAAUGGGUGCCCACCUCCUCUAGUCAUGGGAGGCCCAGAUAGUGCUGGCACCUUCUUCUCAUACUCCACCAACAGUGUGGACUUCUGGACCUUCAACUGCCUCUACAAUCUACACUGCAGACUAGAUGGGGUCCUGAGAGGUCCUGUCCACCAAAUCUUGACCCCACCAACCCCCCCUUCCUUCCGUGCCUGUGUAGUUUGUAUCCAUGGAAACAGCUAUGUCACAGUUGUUGCGGCAGAAACGGGUGAAGUGCUUACUAGAUUCCAAGCCAAUGGAAGAGUAAGGUGUGCUGAUUACUGUGUACCUAAAGAGAUCUUACUGGUCCUCACUGAGGAUGGAGUGGUAACUAUUGCUAGUACAUUGACCAGUCCGGUAACAAUACUGGAUGAGUGGCAUGGGAUAGAGCAUUGGGAUUGGUCAGGUGGGCAGAUGCAAGCAAAUAUUGGCAUAGUUUGCGGCAUGGUCUUAUAUAAUGAUGUUAAAGAUAUACAAAUUGAACAGGAAGAAUGGAGAUCCUUACAGAUGCAGAGAUCACACAAGCCAAAGAAGAUAAAACAUCUACAUGAUGCAAAAAACAGGUUUCUGGUUAUACUGGGCCAUUGUGGUGGUUGUGUGUCUGUGCUUAAUAUGCAUUCAGGCAAAAUCCAGUUCAGAACUUCUGCUCACAACAACCAAAACAUCAGCAGCAUGCAGGCAUACCCCAACAGUGGCUACCUGCUGACUGCAGGUGAAGAUAAAGCUUUGCUGGUUUGGCGUGUGUUCCCAUGUGCUCAGCAGUGUUUGAGUCUCCAUUUCAGCGUGUUGUGUGAUCUGCCUCCGGUUUUGAUGGCACUGAUGGGAACCCAACUCAGCCUCGCCUUACAAGAUCCUGAGAAUGAUACUUAUAGCCUGGUGCAAUAUAGCUUAGAGAGCCAAAGCAGAUCUGACCAGCAACCCAAUGAAAAGCAUCACAACAAAAUCACAGGCCUCUGUGCUUGUCAUCAACUGAGCAUGUUUGCUUCAAGCAGUCAGGAUGGCACUGUACGGAUCUGGGAUAUGGAAAACCACCUUCUUAGAAUUCUUGAGCUGAAUGCAGAGCCAGAGUGUUUGGCGUACUGUGAGAGUGGAGACCUGCUAUUGGGCAUCACAGGAGACCUCUAUAGAAUCCCCCGAACACAACUACUGCCUCUAGAAUGCAGGACACAAAAAUGGUAUCCAGACUCUGAAUUACCCAAAUCCUGGUCCACAUCCUUACCCUUUGCUUUUAACUCUAGGACAGAGAGUUGCCAUAUUACUAAAAAGGAUGGUCCUGAAAGGCAGGAUAGGAUAAAAGAUCCAGACUUUGGGGCAAUUAUGGCAUUACAUAAAGAUCUGGAAUCCUUGCAAAAAGGAGAGGUUGAGUGCAGAAGGAGAAAACCAGCCAACAUACAAUCCAAACGAGAGGCUUUCAAUAAUUACCUGGGUCUAAUUUACAGGCAACCCCUUGAUAUAAGGAUUCCAGAAGAUAUGUUUGAUGUGUAUGCUAUACUUUUUCCACCUAAACUUCCUGAGCUUCCUCCUCUGAGCCCUCAUAAGCAGAGCGAACUAGAUGAAGUGCAACGCUUGUAUAAUGAAGAGGAGGAGAAGAAGAAGAAGAAGAGGGAAGAGGCUCACAUGCAUCUCACACCCAUCGUAAAGACUCCAUCAACACAGAAGAGCCCUCUUCCACCUUCACCAGUGGCAGAGACACUCAUAUACCCUCCACAAAAACCCCUUCCACCAAUAAAGAGUCCUACACCCCCUCUGACUCCACCCUCCAAGCCUGCCCCACCUUUACUCACCUCUCCACAAAAACCCCUUCCACCAAUAAAGAGUCCUACACCCCCUCUGACUCCACCCUCCAAGCCUGCCCCACCUUUACUCACCUCUGUCCCUCCCUCGCCCUCUUCUGCCCUACCCUCUCCCACCUCACAUCUGCCAGAGUUCCUCCUGCAGUUUGUGGAUGAACAGUGGUUUCAAAAGAUGUUUCCUGAUCUGAGUUGUAUUUCGAGUUCUUUAAGCCCCAAGGAAUUCUGCAAGCAUCUGUUGAACUUCAUGAUGACUUGCAGCAUGGCUCAGAAGAAUAGCAUCCUGAAUGCAUUACUUAUGCUAAUACAGCAGGAGGUGUUAGACAAAGAAUCUCUCAGCACAGGACUGCUGGUUUGCCUGGAAAACUACAUUUACAAAAACAUGUCAAGGGAGGAACAGCAUUUUGUCGGUGAGCUGCUUAAUGUGCUGGUGUAUCUGAGUCCUGACGGUUUUAACACCAUUGUGGAGCUACUUGCCAUUUUGGCAAAUAAAGAAGCUGAUCUUAAGACUUUAGUACUGUGUGUGCUGCAAAGGUUGGGUGUGGAGGAAGCUGAACUGUGGUUAUGUCCAGAAUUAGAGUCCUGGAACUCCCUGACGAAGCAAAAGCCUAACCAGCACCACAGUCUUCGAGACAUGGCCAGCCACUGGCUGCUUACCUGGACCAGAAAGUACAAGGUGCACAGUGGGUCUGUGUUCCUACGCAGUAAAGGAAUACAGAGUGUGGUCGCACCUGUGGAGGUGCUCAAAUAUUUCUGCUCUGUGCAAAAAGGCAAACAGACUCGACCACCACCACCUCCACCUCCACCAGAGGGCAGGAAAGAUGCUGUCAUCGUGCCUUCAGACUUGCCUAGACUGAAGCCAAUUCAGCGCCUGGGAGAGACGUACAGCAUGUCUAGGAUACGGGAGCCUCAAGGACAUCUGCUGCCACCAUUGCCAUAUCGACCUGUGUUGAUGGAUUUCCCACGGUUCCUCUCUCUACCAAUGGCUCAUGUCACACUUUCUCCAUUCCCCUUUUCCCUGGAUUUUCAGAACUUCAAACACCCCUCACCACAAAGAUACUUCUUCCUGGAACGCUCCUACGUACAAUAUUACAGAUAGUUAUUUCCAAAAGCAUUGCAUUAAAUCUGUGAUGGACUGUCUCUAUGAUGCAUCAAAUGACACAAAUCUAUGAUCAAACUAACUUUAUCAUCUUGAAGUCUUUUAGUACAUACUUGACUGUUGAAUGUUUGAGACAUAUGGCUUGUUUUAUUGUGAG